AUGUUCGGCUCUUAUGAACAUCAGCCACCAUCGCCAGCCUUAUCUUCAUGUGAUAUGGAGUCAAUAGAUGAAAUGCCACCUCCAUCAGCAUCAUCACAAUUGUCAAUCAAUGAAGAUUUAACAAUAUCGAAUCGAUUAAAUAUAACAGCAUUACAAAAUUCAGUUUCACUUCGUUUUAAGAAAAAACGUAAACGUAAACUUGAGCCAGAUACAGUAUCACUUCGGUCACUUGAAGAUCUUGUUGGUGAUCAUUUUCGAAGAAAAAAACGUCUUUCUCUACCACGUUUAUCAUCUGUAUCAGAAUUACUAAGUCCAAUGUGUGAUCGUGUUAUAAAUAUGUUACAAACAACAAAACAAUCAUCAUCAGCUAAUCUUAAUAAUCUUUUGAAUAGUAAUAAUAAUAAUAAUAAUACUAGUCAUGGUUAUAAUAUAAGACGAAAAGCAUCAUCAUCAUCACAACAAACAUCAAAUGGUGUAUCAUCACCGAAUACAAUAAAAAAGUUUCGGGCAGCUUGGUCAGAAACUUGUGAUGGUGAAAAAUUAAAACAAACAAUGACAGCAACAGAAAUUGAACGACAAAAUGUUUUAUAUGAAUUAUUUUCAGAAGAACAACAAAUGAUUGAAAAUUUAGGUUUAGCACAACGAGUUUAUCGAAAUGGUAUGAAAACAUUAAAUAUUCUUACAGAUUUGGAAUUAAAACAGAUAUUUGGACCAUUGGAGGAUAUUUUACCAUUGCAUGAAGAUCUUCUUUAUCGUUUAAAGCCAAAAAGUAAUUCAUCUAUUGAUGCUGUUGGCCAAAUCUAUCUUGAAUGGUUUCAACGUAUUCGAUCAUGUUAUGUAUCAUAUUGUUCGAAUUUAAUUAAUGCUAAAGAAUUAUUAGAUGCUAAACGAUGUGAAGAAAAUGGUCGCGUUGAUGAUUAUCUUAAACGAUGUACUGAUUCAGGUUUUAGUCGUAAACUUGAUUUAUGGGAUUUUCUUGAUCAACCACGAAGUCGUUUAAUGAAAUACCCAAUUCUAUUCAAACGUAUUCAUAAACGAACUAAAGAUGGACAUGAAGAUAAACGAAUAUUACUUGAAACAAUAAAUAUUGUUGAAGAAUUAAUUAACGAUGUUAGUCAAGCAACAUCUGCUCAAAUUUGUUCAAAUAUUAUUGCAAAACUUGUUUAUACUAAUGAUGAUCAAAAACAUUUAUUAAUUGAAAAACAAACACGUUUAGUCUGUCAAGGUGAAUUAAAAAAUAAUCGUGGUCAAAAAUUACAUGUAUUUUUAUUUGAUGAAAUACUUUUAUUUACACGUAUUGCUACACGAAAUGAUAUUAAAUCUUAUCAAUUAACAAAUUAUCCAAUACCUAUUGAAUAUUUACGUAUUGAAGAUAUUGAAGAUGGUGUUAAAAUACCUGAAUUAUCAUCAGGAAGUUUUUCAAGAACAUUAGCCGGUUCGAAAUUAGCUCGAAAUGUAUUUCGUUGUUCAUCAUUAUCAGAUAAUAAUAAUAAUCGAAAUAAUUCAAUCUUAUUACAAGCACGUGAUAUCUAUGAUAAACAACAAUGGUUAAGUGCUUUUCGAUCAAUAAUGACUAUCAAUGGAUAA